AUGACCGAACUAUUCGAUUUUACAAAUCAUUCACAUCGUCGUUUCAAUCCCUUGUCAAAUACAUAUGUCUUAUGCUCACCACAUAGAGCUAAAAGGCCAUGGCAAGGUGCUAAAGAAGAGCUUAAAAAGUCGGACUUACCAAGCUUCGAUCCUAAGUGUUACUUAUGUCCUGGGAAUAUAAGGGCUACGGGAGAUUCUAACCCAAAAUAUGAAAAUACUUACAUCUUUCCAAAUGAUUACCCAGCUGUCAGGGUAGAUCAACCUGACUAUAUUGAAGAUACAGAGAAAAUUGAAAAAUCCUCUCCAUUAAAAGCCAAAUUAUUCAAGACUCAAGGGGUAAAAGGUAAGUGUUUUGUAAUUUGUUUUAGUCCAAACCAUAAUUUAACUUUACCAUUGAUGUCUGUUGAAGAUAUUACUUGUGUUAUUCAAUCCUGGAGAUCUUUAUAUGAAGAUUUACAAAGGGAAGCACAGGAAGGGCCUGUUAAAUAUAAAUAUUUGCAAAUAUUCGAAAACAGAGGCUUUGCAAUGGGCUGUUCCAAUCCUCAUCCUCAUGGUCAAGCUUGGUGCUUAGACACAAUUCCAACAGAAGUCGACCAUGAAAUAAAAAAUAUGACCAAUUAUCACAAUGAAUCUCAUUCGCACAUGCUUGGGGAUUAUGUUCAAUUAGAAUUAAAAGAGAGAGAGAGAUUGGUUUUAGAAAAUGAUUCAUUUAUUGUCGUUGUUCCAUACUGGGCAUUGUGGCCCUUUGAAACGCUUUUAAUUUCCAAAGAACACUUACGUUCUAUUACAGACUUUACUGAAAAGCAUAAUAAAGAUUUAGCUUCGAUCUUAAAGAAAUUAACUACCAAGUACGAUAAUCUUUUUAAUACUAGUUUCCCAUAUUCAAUGGGUAUACAUCAGGCUCCAUUGAAUGGUACUGACGAGGAAAAGAAUAAUUCUUGGUUCCAUAUGCACUUCUAUCCUCCAUUAUUAAGAUCUGCUACUGUUAAGAAAUUCUGCGUUGGAUUUGAAAUGUUAGGCGAAUCACAAAGAGACUUAACAAGUGAACAAGCUGCUUCUAGAUUACAAGAUUUAGAUGGUGAAAAGCAUUAUUUGAGUAAAAUAAACUAG